CGCAGAUUGUGCAAAGCACGGAAUCGAGUUUGACCGCAUUGCGCAAUGAGAGGAGCCGAGAAACUGGAGAUGGGAUCAGAUCAACUUUGUGAGGAAAAUGAAUAUGCCAACACGUCUGAUCUUCAUGUACGUAAGAUGAGGAAAACAUCAACAGCCAAAGAGAUUCCGGCUGCCAGGAAUACACAGCACCGGGUGAUACUGACCCUGGGGGUCCUCCUAAUAUUGGUCUUCCUUAUUGUGGUCAUUCUCACCGGUGUACUCUUCCUUUACUGUAAAAGUAUCCAAAAGGAAAUGCUACAGAUGAAGAAUGAUUCUGAUGUGAAGCAUAAUUUAUUAGAUCGAGCCAUGGCGUAUUAUUUCAGCGACAAUCAGAGGAUUAUGGAGUUGUUGGGGAAAGUGGCAGAAGAUGUCCAGAAAGUGACAAACUCUUCUUAUCCAUUAUGCAGUGAGGGAUGGACGCGGUAUGGACUCAGCUGUUACGUCUUGCCUUCAAGCUCACAACCAUGGAACGUCUCCAAGAAAGACUGCGAGGACAAGGAGGCCCACCUGAUAGUCAUUAAUAGCGAGGGAGAGAUGAAUUUUCUGCGUGGGUUUGCAAACACCAGUUUUUUGUGGCUCGGUCUAACAGAUAUGGAUGGAACCUGGAGAUGGGUGGAUGGAACUCCUUAUGACAUCACUCCAAAGUUCUGGGAGGAGGGUCAGCCCGAUGAUUGGACGGGUCAUGGUUACGGAGGAGGGGAAGACUGUGCUGUGUUAAGGCAACCGAGUAAUGAGUGGAAUGACGGUCGCUGUUCCCCGAACGUUCGGUACGUCUGUGAGAAGAAGAUCGUCUUCUGAUCUGCACUGAUGGACAUCAGAGGACACCUGAUAUCUCUGCCUGCCUUUUCUCCUUCUCCAUUAUACUUCAGCCAUAAAGAAUCUACUACUGCAUAAAAUAUUGCUGCAGGAUAUGCUGGGACUUGUUCUUCUAGAA